UCCGCGCGCAGCCUCCAUAGGCGGGAAGCUCGCGCGGGAUUUUGUGCGGCGCGCGCGGCGAAACAGGAAGUGAGCGGAACGGACAGAAAGAAGGAGGGCGGGACCGCGCAACGUCCAAAUGUUCCCCCCGGCACCUCUGUUAACCUCGUAACUGGCGAGCGUUUUGAAAGCAGCCUGCAAGCGUAUUCAAGUGAUCACUAUCACCCCCCCCAAAUGACAGAUGGAAGGUUAAAGGCCGAUGAUUGCUGGGACAUGCUGAGGACCCCACCAGGGUGACUGAGCUCCUGCCCUGCUGUUUGUUGUCGUCAUGGCGAAGAAGAGGCACUUGGCAGAGCUGGUGGUGGUGUGUCAGUGGGCAGCCUGCUCUUUCCAGGGCAGGGCUAUGGAAGAGCUCUCGGACCACAUGUCCCUUCACCUGAAGGAGCACCUGGGAGAUGGGGACACCAUGGAGGAGCUGGAUGACUAUGCCUGCUUGUGGGAGGGCUGUGAGUUCCUGGCCAUGGGUAGUCCAAGUGAGCUGGUGGUUCAUGCUCAUUUCCACAUCUUCCAUGCCAAGCUGAAAUUCAUCGGUGCUCAGCUGCUGCAGUCCCACCCAGAGCUGCCCAGUUGCACCCAAGAUCUCCAUGGUAACAACCUGAUCCCAGAGUUGUCAGAGAAGCUGCUGUGUCAGUGGGAGCACUGUGACAGCACCUUUAACAAUCCAGAGUGGUUCUACCGCCAUGUGGACAUGCAUGCACACUGCACUGAGAUGCAGCCUCUUCCUGACCAGCAGCAGGCACUAUUCUGCAGUUGGAAAGACUGUGAUGCCUUCUUCAAGAUCAAGUACCGCCUUCGUGAGCACUUGCGCAGCCAUACACAGGAAAGGCUGGUGGCCUGCCCCACCUGUGGCUGCAUGUUUUCCAGUAACACCAAGUUCUUUGACCACAUCCUCCGGCAGACAGAGCCUGAAGAGUCCUUUGUGUGCGAGCACUGUGGCAAGCGCUUCGCAAAUGAAAGACUCCUAAGAGAUCAUGUCCGCCAGCAUGUGAACCACAUAAAGUGUCCUCUGUGUGACAUGACCUGCACCUCUUUGGCCUCCUUGAAGACUCACAUCAAAUUUCGGCACUGCGAUGAACGUCCCUUUUCAUGUGACUUCUGUGAGAGCAGCUUCAAGAACCAGCAUGAUCUGAGGAAGCACAUGGAGACACACAAUGAGGGUGCGGCAUUCCACUGCAGUGUGGCAGGCUGCGGUUACUCCUCCCGCAUGGCCCACACCAUGAAUCAGCACUACAAGAGGGUACAUGAGGGGGACAUGGUCUCUAAGUACAAAUGCCAUCUGUGUGAGAAAAGCUUCUCCUGGUGCUACACAUUGACCCUCCACUUGCGGAAGAAACAUGACCUGAAGUGGCCCUCCGGGCACUCUCGCUUCAGAUACAAAGAGGAUGAGGACGGGUACCUACGACUGAACAUGGUGCGUUACGAGACAGUGGAGGUGACGGAGGAGAUCAUGAAGAACAUGGCCAAAAAACGGACUCCUCGGAAGGCCUCUGGCUCUGGCAGCCAGGUGAAGCGCCCCGCUGUGCCUGCAGGCAGCUCCCAUGGCAUGUCCCCACCCUCAGCAUCCUGCUCUGCCACGCUCCCCUCUGAGGUUCCUGCUCCCCAGAGCCCAAAGGAUGCCACCCAGCCAGUUUACUGCUCCUUGAGCACAGUCACUGAGCUCGUCGGAGACGCCGACACCAUCCAGGAGGACAUACAGUCUGGUGCCACCUUUGGGGCCGUAAGGGCUCUGACCGAGGUGGCCAGGGGCCUCGGGAUGGACGUAGUGUAGCCAAGGUUGUCCUUCCUGCGUUCUGCUGGGUCCAGUUCAGAUGCGACACCUCCGUAAUUUUACCAUCAAGGUUCUGACAAACCUUGCAGUAACAUUGAGAGCAGUAUCACCUUUUCAGUCACAUAGACUGCAUUAAUUCCAGCGAUGGUGGACUUAUAACCUAAUUUUGCUUAUAAGGUAUCUUGAAAGUAUUCUCACUGGAAGUGUCUCUCUAAUAUUAGCUGACUUUUGAAAAAGCAGCUAUUGCGCAAAGGUUUUGGGGCUUUGGUGUCUAUUUUUGUGAGAGAAACACCGGUUAAUAGAAUAGAAAAAUAAAAUGCUCAUCUUAUACACAGCGUAGAUUUUACAUUCAGAUUACGUCCUGUGAGUUGGAUACAAUGACAGUAGUCUAAAUUUUUUUAGUCUUCACUGUAUUUGUCCAAGUGACAGGAUCUUAUGUCCACGUGACAUAGUCAACAGCUUUGUUUUUGAGUCAAUUUCUCUCAUGUUGAAUGGACUGUAGGGAGUGAAAACCCACCAGUGUUCAGCUGUGUUGUGACUGUAUGAAAUGUGUGACUAUUACCAAGCUUUUACAGCUUGUUUUAUCCAUGUAUUUUUUUAUAUACCUAGUUAUUAAAUGAACUUUCUACAGAUUCUGAUCUAGUGUAUCUACAAGUAUUUUGAAGUUCAUUAUCAACUUUGAGCCAUUUUCCUUUUGCUGCUUUGCAGGUUUUAUUUACUAUGAAGUCAGGUUUCACAGCAAAAGGUGUUUGCAAAUAAGAUGUUAAUUUUUUUUCCCCAGAUUAUAAGAUUGGAGAAUUCCGAGUGGGAAAACAGCCAACUUACAUUCUACAGUGUUUAUACUGUGUAUGAUUUGGUAGUUUACACUUCAUCAGGUCAGAAAAAUUACUUUUAGCAUCCUUCACUUUACCAGAACAUUGAACAGUUCUCAGUAUAAAAUUGAGACACAUAAAUUGAUUUGGGAAAAGGUCUGAAGACACUGGAGGACACAACUUUUUAGGCUGCUAAAGGAAAAAAAUCAUAUUCUGGGGGCUGGGUGCUUAUACUAUAAAAACAAGGUAAAGAUGUACAGUGAACCAGGUGGAUGCCUCCCUCCUCACCCUCAUGACUUUCAGUAGGUCAUCAAAGCAGUUCCCUGUGGUGUGUUCAGGUAUGCUCAUUUAUUUGUACUGACA